CCGUCAUUCAUUCAAAUUUGACGUUUGGUUUGGUCGCAAAAUACAAUGACGUGAAUUGUAUUUAUUUAUUCGUCAUGGACAUUUAUUUCUCCAACUUAUAUGUAUUUAAAAUUUAAUUAAUAAGUAAAGAACCGUUUAUCAUGUCUUUUAUAAGCGAUCCAGUUCUAAAUAUUAUUGUGGUAGGCUUCCAUCACAAGAAAGGAUGCCAGGUAGAACAUUGCUAUCCAGAAUUAGUACCCGGGUGCCCUACAGAGCUACCGGCGGUGUGGCGACAUUUGCCUGCCCUAGCUCUUCCAGAUGGCUCACAUAACUAUCUCUCAGACACAAUAUACUUCAAUUUACCUGGUCUAACAGAACCUGCACAUACAGUUUACGGAAUAUCAUGCUUUAGACAAAUUCCGGUAGAGCAAGUACUUCAAAAGACAGAAGAUAUGACUCGGAGUUCAGUUCAGAAGAGUGUGUGUGUUAUAUGUCGCUAUCCUCUAUUUGGGCGGCUGGCUGUAAAGAUGGAACUGGUGGUGCGUGCCUGGUUUCUUCAAGGGGAUUUCUCACAAACUAAACUCUUGGAAGAUGCUUAUAAGCAUCUCAAUAGCUGUCCUGUUCAAAUAGACCAGACCCUUGAAGGGCUGUCUGUUCAGAGAUUAGUGGAAAAUUGGAAGCACAAAGCUCUGCUGCUGUUCAAGCUUUUAUUGUUGAGACGAAAGGUUUUAAUUUAUGGGUCUCCAGCAGGGACUUUGUCUGCUGCUCUGUUAACUCUUGUGUCCUUACUACCUCGAUGCUUAGAACAUGGCUUAUCUAGAGCUGCAAAUGUUACGUUGUCCAGGCCUCUUUCACCUGUUGCUGAAAUACCAGAUAAUAAAUUACAAGACAUUGGUGAUGCUGCUAAAGAAGGUGAUGAGCCAUACAUAAAUGGGACCUGCCAGUCUGAGGAGACAGAAGAGCUCACAGUUAAAGAGUCAGGAAAUAUGGAGGAAGAGAAAGAUCAAAUAAGUGGCCAAAGUUUUGAAGAAGCUACAAUUGGAGAUGGUUCAGACAAAAUAGAUUUUGUGAGUAGAGAGAAAUGUCACAGUGUUGGUGAGAAGUAUAAACCACAAAAAGCACCUGUUGAAGCUCAGUUAAGCCCAACAAUGGCCAGAGAUAUGAGUGUUGAUGGUUUAUACAAUUUGACAGGUCAGAUUGAUCAAGCUGAGUGUGGGUUCCCACUGCCAUUGUUUGAAGAUGGUUACUUAUGUCUACCAUACCUGUCACUACAAUAUUUAGACAUAUUAUCAGAUUCAGCGGUAGAAGGAUUUGUUGUUGGGGCAUCUAAUGUAUUAUUUAAGCAAAAGAGGCAAUUAUUUGAUGUACUUGUAGAGUUAAAUGAAAUGAGGAUAGAGACAGGUGAUUUGAUGCUUAGAAGGCAGCUAACCCUUAGCACAGAAGACCUGCGUUUUGCUGAUCAUGUGGUGCGGCAUGCCUCCACGCAAGGUGACGCCUGGAUUCGUGACCAGUUUGCAAGCUACUUAAUUUAUCUUUUAAGAACUUCCCUGCUUCCAGAGGGAAGUCGAGAAAUUGAUUCAUAUAAUGCUCAAUUUAUGGUAGCAUUAAAGUGUACUCCUGCUUACCAACAGUGGUUGAAAACUACUAACAAUGGCGAUAUAGAGGCUUUCACAAAUCUUGCGCCCAUUCAUCCAUUUUCUGGACAGCUAUCAGUCGCUGACAUGAAAUUAAAGUUCACUCAUACCAUGUCGACAACUGAAGGAGGCAGGAAAGUGACGGCGGCGGUGGCCAGCACGGGGCGGGCAGUGGCGACCACGUCCCGCGCGGUGGGCGGCGCGCUGUCGCAGGCGCGCGGCGCACUGUCGGGCUGGUGGAGCGCGCUCACGGCGCCCGCCGCCGCCGCCGGCGACGAGCGGCGAGCAGCCUCCGAUGCCGAGGACGCGAUAGACCAGCUCGACGAAGACAACAGAAAAGAAACCACCGAUACUCCGGACCCUCCCGACAAAUCUAUCGAGAGUAACACUAAUAAUUUUACUAAAAUACAAGUUAUUUAAUCUUCGACGUAAGAUAGUAGUUGUUUCCACGUAUAAAACCCUUUUGAGCCAAUCUUCAAAUUGAGCAUUUGAAUGAAAUUAACUCUUAUUUUUAACUAAUGUAAAUAUGAAGAACUAUUCUUUGUGCUGUGGUUAUUAUAGUGUUGAAGUUGAUUAAUUGGCGCACCAACUGGAGAUUAUUAAGUAUUUAUUUCAUUAAAAUAAAUUGUGAUGUUCGAAUAAGUAGAAUCGUUUAUUUAUAUAUUGCACAAAGGCUUCACCUAUGUGUGGAGGGAUUAUGUUUUGAUUGCAAUUUUCAAUUAUAUGAAUAUUAUGAAUCACUAGUGUAUAUAAUAUUCCUUCAACAACUAAAAAGUUGGUUAUGAGAUGUUAUAAUUUAGUGCACAUCACGAUCGGAUAAUGUAUCUCUUGUAAAUUUAAUUAUAUGUAUAUCUUGGAAAAUGUAGAUAGUAUACGUAGACUUUGAUACAGGUAGCAAUCUCGGGGAGAAACUAUUUUUUGUUGAUAUAAAAUCUUAAUUUUUUAAAGUUAUAUUUUAAAUCUGAAGCUAAUAGAUUUUUAUUUUUUUUAGGUUUUUUACUAUUUUUAUUAGUUCCUUAUCUAAACUCUCAAAAUGGAGUAGUUGUAAACUUACUUAUCCUAUUGCAGUGCAAUCGUAGUUUAUAUCAAUAGUAAUACGUGAUUUACUUGCCACACUUAUUGAUAUUAUCCAAUCAUUCAAUAAUAAUAUAUUUCAGUUAGCUGUGGAUGUUGAUAAAUAUAAAUUUAUUAUAACUUAA